AUGGGAGAACCAGAACCAGAAGGAGAGCCAAAGGAUGACGAGGCACUGGCCGCGUGGGAGGCGCUCGACAGAGACAAGAAGAUCGAGCAGCUGUUGAACAUCCCCCUGUCGAAGGAUGCCAAGAACAAGUACCACGAACACAAAUUGAAGACCGAACAGGCAGAAGUCGACCACGAUGAAUGGGUUCGACGUCUUGGAGGGUUGCUUCGGUGUUUCGACAAGACUCCUCCCGUGCAGUGCGAGCGUUUGGACCAGUCCUUUAUGUUCAGGCUUUGCAAGAAGGUGCGAAGUAUCCACAUUCCUCCUGAUGCUGUUGUUCCAGAGGGAUGCCACGAUCUUGUGUCUCUUGAUUCAGACGAGGAGAUCUUUCGACAAAUGCAUGGCCUACCAUGUCUGCGAAUGAAGUCUAAAGCCGAGCUACGGCAGGAACCCGAAAAGCAACUCGGGCUACUUGCUGCGGCAGAGCAGCAGCUGGCGUCGAUCAACGCCACGGCGCUGGAGGUUGUAGAGUCCGAUGAGGAGGUGGCUGAAAGACCAGCAAAAAGGCCACGUGCGGAUGUGUUCCAGUCCUUCACGGAUGUCCAGCGAAGACCACUGCCAACAUCUAGAAGCUCAG